AUGUCCUCUCCAUCCACCCCACGCGUCGCAUCCAUUCCCCGCCCGCCUCCUUCUCCCCUACGCUCGUCGUCCGCAGCCUCAGUCUCCUCUUCCACAUCUGCCUCCCUAGCCACCGCUACCACACCCCUCGCCAUGCCCACCCCGCGUCCCAGCGCAGCGCAGCAACAUCAACAGCAACAGCAAACACCGUCACACAGCACACCGAGCAGCGCGCAUUCGUCUCCGGCGCCCCAGGCCCAAGCCGGAGCCAGCGCACCUCGGCGCUCUGUGACGACCACCCCACCGCCUCAGGGACAGAAGACGCGCGCGAGGGAUCUGCUGAGGAAGCAUUAUGGGCUGGGCGUUGGCCCGCCGCCGCCGCGCCCUGGGGGCAACUCGCAGGACCCUAUGGAUCUGAAUUCUACUGCGUUUGAUGCAAAGAGUUAUUAUGAGCAGCUGAUUACAACGUCGUCGCUACCUGCGCUGCUGAAGAGAGAGAAUGAGCUUCUGUCAGAAAUCCGGCAACUGGAUAGUGAACGACAGUCACUAGUGUACAACCACCACCACGAACUGAUAGCAGCAAGCGACACAAUAUCAGCGAUGAAGACGAGAGCAGAAAGCCUUGACAGCGACCUUGACCUCCUUCGAGCUGCAUUUUCAGAAAUAUCACGGCUUACCGCUGAGGUGUCCAUAGAACAUCCGACCACAAAUAGACCUUCGUCGAAUAAUAGCGGAAAUAGUAGAAACGGGAAUAUCACUGGAUCUAGUCUGCAAUAA